UAUCUGUCAAGUGAUCACUUACGGGAGGUUAAAAACAGAAGAAAAUCUCAAACUUUUAGCUCUAAAAGUGGUUGCGGUCACUUACAUGUACGAGAGGUGGUUUCCCAAUUAUAGUGAUUUGACUUGAAAAUGUUUGGUAUUUUGGAAAACUGGUUGCUGAGGAGAGGUGGUCACAACCAGAGGUUUGACUGUACUAUUACUCCAUCAUUUAAAGGGUGCAUGGAUUUUUUAGAUCACAAGAAAAUUGUUCAUGGUUGUAUAUCCUGACUCACAUGUUGCUUCUUCAACUUCAUACAUGUUUUUCAUUUCCUUGGUGUAUAAUUUUGUUUUUUUAUUGCAGAUGUUUUACGUUUGGCAUUGGAUCUGGAGCAUCCACAGCACUAGUGAAAGGUGUGGCCAGAGCUGGGAAGGGUACUGCAGAGUUUGUUACUGCUGAGGAGGACCGACUGCAAGCCAAGGUUAUCAAGACUUUAAAGCUUGCUCUUCAGCCGGUAAUCUCAGAUGUAAACAUAGUCUGGGACCUAGCAAAAGGGUGGACUGUGCACCAGAUCCCCUCGUCUCUUCCUCCUCUCUUCAGUGGUGACGGGCUCGUGGUGUAUGGUGUUCUUAAGGCUUCAGAAAAUGCAAAUGAAGGUGAUGACAAUGAAGUUAGGCUGGAAGGAAUGCUUGGAAAUGAUGAGAAAAUGCAACAUUCGGUCAAGUUCUCAACUCCACCCAUUGCUGUUGAAAACAAGGGAAAUGUUCUUCUUCAUCAGUUGGCAGCCAAGAGUUUCAUUCAAGAAAAGCAAGAUGGCUACAGCGAAAAGAACGAUGUGCAAGAGAUUGAAGAAGCCAAAAGGUGUACUAUCAGCAUCAGCAAAACAGCCAAUGUAGUGUCAAAGUUGACAUCGUUUGUGGCUGUUGAUAAAGGCAGUAAUCAGCCUGUAUCAGGACCCUUGAGAAAACACUUUGUACCCUCCUAUCAAAACGUAGCUUGCAGUAUGCCCAUGGCCCGUGCCCGUGUCAUGAAAAAGUCUGGUUUUGGAUUCAGCUUUUCAAAGUCGAGGACAAAAUCUUCAGCCAGGAAAACAAAAUCUAAAGGGCUUUUCUCUUCGCUAUUUAGAAGGAAAGCAAGUGCAGUCCCGGAAGUACAGUCCUUGAAGUACAGUCCCGAGCCAGCGGCGGAAGAAAAACCCUGGACUGUUAAGUGUGCUCGUCGCACGGAAAAAGAAUUUGAUGGAGGUUUUGAGAAAUCCUUAUGUCCCCCUCUUGAUCCAGAUAGGAUGUCUCAGGAAAUGAAGGAAGCCCCAGCAGCCUUGUCGGUAAUAUCUUUACAGGAAGCGUCAGGCUCAUGGGAUCUCACAGACCAACUGGUGUCACUGUGCGGUACAAGCAGAGAUGCUUUGAUCAAAGGAUGCCCUAAAGAGAUUGCAGCUGACACAGGUGAAGGGAAGCUGUUGUGGGCCACUGCUCUGGCUCUGGUGCUGUUGAUGGGCAAGUUCUUGGAUCAGAAGGAUGAAUGGGAAAUGAUUGCUGAAAAAGGAUCAAAAUGGAUCAAGAAAAAUCUUCCAGCAGGUGUCAAAUACGACAAUGUACUGGAGGCCGCAGCGACUACAGUUUCUGUUAAAAUUUAUUAGAUUGGUAUUAAGAGUCUGAUCCUUGUUGUUACACAAUUUUCACUGGCCUGUUUGGCGAUACAGAAAAUUGAACAUUUAAAAGUUUCUUAUUUCAUCGUUUGUAAACUGUUAGUACUGUUGAGGUUUUUGGCUCAGAGAGCACGGAUGGAAAUUUUCUGUACGAAGCACAAUGGGACGACUAGAUUUCGAAGAUAUUGUCAAAGCGUAGCUGGUAUCGAAAACGUUAAACAAAUCAAUGUUGUGUUUAUUAUUACAUUUAAUCUUGAACAAUUAGCACUUUUGACACCACCGUUUGUAGUGCAGUAUUUGUCACGGUAGUGCCAACAUCAGCCCCGGGUUUUUGGUGUUCCUGGCAGGGUUUUAUGUACAUUGUAAUUCAGGCGAUUUUUCUUUUCUUUUUCUUCAUUCGAGGAAAGCUGAUAGUGCCCUGGAGUGAAAAGAAUCACCAGCAUGCAUUGAAAGCCAGCUUGUACACUGGACAGAAUAAAGUAAAGUUCAGCAUGCUUAA